AUGUUGGGGCGGCUGCCGCUGCCGCACCUGGCGCUGGCCGUGACGCUCGGCGUGGCCAGCGGGCUCUACAUCUACCGGCCCGUCUUCCAGUCGCCCGGGCCGCCGCAGCCCCCCGAGGGCACGGCGGGGCCGCCGGCGGCCGCCGCACCGGAGAAGAGGCCUUGAAGGAGCCGUGCGAGCCGCGCCGCGGCACUGGCGCCGUCCCCAGGGGCCGCCUCGCAGCCCGGGCCUGCGCGUCUGCCCCGGGAGGACACAGCAGCCCGGCCCCUCGGGGACACGGAGCGUUCCUGCCGUCGCCUCCGGGGAAGCCCGCUCGCUGAAGAUGUAACUGCAGACCCGUGUGUGUGCUACCAGCCUGUAGGGACGUGAAUGUUGAAAUAUGUCUAAAAUUCUGAAUGUUUAAACAUAUGUCUUCACGUCUAAGUUGAAAUAACCACCAGAGAACUGGAAAAAGAAAGUCGCUGUUGGACAGUCACGCUCUUUGUGGGAUUUUUUGGAUUGCCUCUGAUCCUCCAAGUAAUAAACACCAUUUUUAUCUGCUUGUCAA